AUGGCUCCUAAGGCUCCCUCAUCCUCGAGGGCGUGGGAUGGCAUCACGCCAUCAUUGUCGCAAUGGACUCUCGACGCUGUGGCAUCGAUGGGCUUUACGCGCAUGACGCCCGUCCAGGCUUCGGCCAUUCCUCUGUUUAUGGCGCACAAGGAUGUGGUCGUGGAAGCAGUCACUGGCAGUGGUAAAACACUAUCAUUUUUGAUUCCGGUUGUCGAGAAGCUCUUGCGCCUCGAAGAUCCGAUUAAGAAACAUCAUAUUGGCGCCAUCAUUAUCUCUCCGACAAGAGAAUUGGCAUCACAAAUCCAUCAAGUGCUUUUGUCCUUGCUCGAGUUCCACCCUGCCUCGGCCGCAGCGAUUCAUCCUCCCGAGGGCGAUGCGCCUCGUCCGAAGUCUUCUUCCUCGGUCCUCAAAGUCGUACCACAACUCCUCCUAGGUGGUUCUACAUCUCCAGCGGAGGAUUUGAGCACGUUUCUCAAGAAAUCUCCGAACGUGCUAGUUUCCACACCUGGAAGACUGUUGGAACUGCUUUCCUCGCCCCAUGUUCACUGUUCACAAUCAUCUUUUGAGAUGCUGGUAUUGGAUGAAGCCGAUCGCCUGCUGGAUCUCGGAUUCAAGGAGGAUUUGCAAAGAAUUCUGCGCCAUCUUCCCAAGCAACGGAGGACAGGUCUUUUCAGUGCCAGUAUCAGCGAAGCUGUGGAUCAGAUUGUCCGUGUGGGUCUUCGCAAUCCCGUCAAGGUCGCCGUCAAGGUCAAGGGUGGUGCUGGUGUUGAAGACAAACGUACACCUGCCAGUCUUCAAAUGACCUACUUGACUACUCCUCCGGCACACAAAUACUCCAUCUUGAAACAAAUCUUGACAACCGUCCACCCUACGCCUCAAAAAACGAUCUGUUUUGUCUCAACAUGCUCCAGCGUGGACUAUCUCGCCAUCAUAUUACCUAUCAUUCUAGGAAAUGAAUUCCUCCUCGUCCCUCUCCACGGCAAACAUCCUGCCAAUGCCCGCCAGAAAAACUUCACCCGCUUCACUACCUCCACCACCCCCGCUAUUCUCCUAACCACCGACGUCGCUUCUCGAGGACUCGACAUUCCAUCUGUCGACCUCGUUGUGCAAAUCGAUCCUCCAUCGGACCCCAAAACAUUCAUCCACAGAUGCGGCCGUGCCGGCCGUGCCGGGCGCCGGGGUCUCAGUAUCGUUCUUCUCCAUCCCGGUCGCGAAGAGGACUACGUCUCGUUCCUGGAGGUGCGCAAGACACCUGUUGCGCCCUACAAUCUCCCAGAAUCAUCCAGCGAUAGUGAUGCUACAUCUGCAACUCAACUAGUACGCAAUGCUAUGUUGAAAGACCGUGCUCUUCAUGAUAAGGGCCAGAAAGCCUUUGUCAGCUGGCUUCGCAGUUAUAGCAAGCACCAAGCAGCUAGCAUCUUCCGUGUGGCUGAUCUGGACUGGGAGGCUCUCGGUAAGGCCUGGGGUCUUCUCAAACUGCCCAAGAUGCCUGAGCUCCGUACUUUCACCGGAGAUAAGACUCUAGGUGUCAAGAUAGAUUGGGACAAUUAUGCCUAUAAGGAUAAGCAGCGUGAGAAACGACGCAAAGAGGUUAUGGAAGAGGCUGCACUGGGAGAUGAGAACCAAAACCAGGAUUCGCGGAAACGGCGUGCAGCCGAAAAUGCUUCUUGGAGUCACAAUAUGGAGAACCGAGAGAAGAAGCUCAAGCGCAAGGAGCUCAAGAAAGCACGGAAGGACCAGGAGAGGUGGGAGCAGCUGCCCGAGGAAGAAAAGCACAAAGCUCGUGAGACGGAGCGGAUGGUUAACGAGAUCCGUCUCAAAAAUGAGCAGGAGUUUUUAUUAAAGAAUUCGGGCAAUUCGAAAGCCUUGAAUGGUGCAGGGGAUGGCGAUGAUUUUGAGGGGUUCGACUAG